AUGGAAGCAGCAAUAAGAUGGUCGCCGCAUUCGACACGAGGCGAUCCACGCUUUUUGAUCAUUGACGUGGCCGGCAAUCGGCUGCGCCUAUGUCAAAUUGAUGAGUUCAGUAAGAGCAAGGUGAAGUACAAACAGAUAUGUAUUCGGGAUAAACUGCCAAACUACACGGCUUUUGACUGGUCCAAGAGAGAUCCCUGUGUAGUCGCCGUAGGGUCUGCCUCGGGGGAGGCCACAAUUGUUACGCUUGACCCUGAAAAGCCCGAUGCGAAGAAUCUCCUGGCCACGGGCCUGGAUAGAGUACGCAACGAUGUGUGCCUCAACAUCUACGACAUGAACGACUCGAGGGUCACAGCCAAGGACGAGCCGUACAAGAAACUGGCAAGCUCAGAGGCGAUUUCCAGUAUCAAGUUCUUUAAUGGUCAACCGGAUACGCUUGUUGCGGGUGUCUCGAGGCAAUACGUGCGCAUCUACGAUCUGAGAGAUUCUAGCACAGCGGGAAUUGCGCAGUUCCAGACUCGUCAGGUGCAUAAUAUCGCUAUCGAUCCCAUGGACGAGAACUACUUUCUCUCCGCUGGGACGGCAGGUGAUCCUACUGUCACCGUCUGGGAUACGCGCUUCGUCAAGCAACAGGGAGCGUCUACCGGCACUGCUAAUAGCGGCGCUGUAUUGGAAUUCAAGCCUGUGGCGGACAAUUCACAAUCAGCAUCCAUCUGGAGUCUCCGCUAUUCUGGUACCAAGAGAGGGACUUUUGGUGUGUUGGCCAACACGGGCGAAUUCAAGAUUGUGGAACUGGCUCAGCACUCGCAUCAGCCGCUGGAGACUGCAGAUACGCCUUUUGCCCGUGCAUGGGCAUCUCCUUAUUACACCAAAGCAUCACAUCAUCUGCGGUAUCCGUCACAUCACAAGGAGCACCGACAUAGCGAGAAAGAGCGUGUUGUGGCGUAUGAUUUUAUGACGGCAGGGAACCCACUCAGCGGACAGUGUGCUUUGGCACUUCAUUCGAACCGUGAGGUGGAAGUGCUCAAGGUACCAGCCACGCCCCCGCGUCUCAAUGUGAGUGCGCUAGAAGAAAUCUACAAAGACCGUACUUGCAUUGCCAGGCCGACACCGCCACACGGCACAAUAGCAGAAGACUUGAUUGAGCUGCAAAACAAGGCGCUGUUAGAGAAGUUUGAACUGGAGCAAGACGCCACAAACAACCUCUCCGCCAGCAUCGAUAGACUGAGUCUCGUUGCCAGCCAACAGAGUCUUCCUCUCCUAUCAGCAACACACCCAAGUCACCACAUGCACGAAGACCUGCUCAACCUAGCCUACCCAGAUGUCAAGAUCCCACUUUCCGACUACCUUGCUGUUGUUCAAGCACCCAAACGUCGCGUACAGGAGGGCUACGCACUCGACUGUGCAAGGAACAAAACCAUUGUAUCAAACGACCCCUGGCUGGUCGACGUUUGGACACUGAUCGACCGAAUGGACGCGCUUGCUGCAGGUGACGGCAUGGUAGGCAACGGUCUUGAUCUCAAAUAUCUGGGCGUGAGCUCCAUCUGGGCCAACGAACUUACCAUGUAUGAUGAGCGCCUCAUUGAUCCCAACGCAAAGACCAGCCAAGACAUGUUCAGCGACGCAGUCAAGGAUAUUGUCAACGCCAUGGAGUUUCCAGCCUUUGAAGGCGUAGCAACAGAGUACCCGCAAAACAGGCAACUAUGCCUCAGUCUAUGCGGCUGGUCGCUCGAUAAAGCAGGCGUGCAGCAAAGCUGCGAAAAGCUCGUGGACAAUGGUGAAAUCUACAAGGCCAUUGUCCUAGCCGUCUUUCAGGGCCACAAAGAUAUCGCUCUGUCUCUCCUCCGCUCCACACUGCAUGCCAAAAAACUACCUCAAGACGACAUUUCCCUCGGCGCCGUAAUCGCCUGCGCAUCACCCACCUCUGGCGUCUCAGCCGCCCAGCGCGAAGCAUGCGCCUGGAUGGCAGACCUAACGUCCGAUGCCUACCUAAAGUCACUACUCACCUACUUCAUCACCGGCGACUGGACCAGCGUAGUAAGCAUGCCUCAACUCUCACUCCACGACCGUGUUGCCGUUGCCCUAAAAUACCUCCCUGAUGCGUCCCUUACUACCUUCCUCGCCCAAACAACAGCCUCUACAAUCCACACAGGCGACAUCUCGGGGCUCCUCCUCACCGGCCUAACAUCGCGUUUUCUUGACCUCCUCACAGUACACAUAUCACGGCACCCCAUCGCCGGUCUGCAAACCGCCGUGCUAACCCUCUCCCGCGCCUGCCCACUCUACAUCCAAGAUACGCGCUGGCCCCUUUGGAAAGACAUGUAUCUGGAACUACUCCAGCAAUUCCGCUGUUUCCUCGAGCGCACCCGCUACACCAAACAGCACAAUCUGCUCAGCGUGACGCGAACGGGCAAAUCGGCAAACAAGCCGUUUCAACCCUCGCUCACCAUUCGCUGCCUCAAUUGCCAGCAUAACCUCGCGCUGAGGAAGGAUCCGAGGAGUAGCGCGAAGAUGCGCUUGUUGCCGGUUAAUAAUGCGAGUGUGGAGUCGGCUUCGCAUCGGGGGGCUGGCGGCGGCGGUGGUCCCGGUGGUGGCCAGCAAGCUGUCGCUACAGCCUAA